AUCCACUCCCUUUUACCCUCCGUGCCCCCCUCUCUGAACGCGGCGCUGUGAUUGGACGCUGGCUGCUUGUCAGGAAGAAAGAGCUGCUGUGUUGAGGCCGAAAACUCAGACACAAUCAGAACCUGGACGACAGUGGAAUUCCUCCGUGGAGGGACGUAUACUUCACUGGAAACACGCGAGGCGUUUUUAACUAGCUGAGCGUCCGUGGAGCACCGAGCGAGUCUCCGUGCUUCUGCUGUCGAGGCCGCCGCGGUUCUGGUUCUCCCCCUCGGACUGUGUGUCGCUGCCUGCUGGUCGCAGUAAUCCAGACCCGCUGCUAUUAAUGAGCCUUAGAGGAGUGAGGCUGCUGUGUGGCGACAUAGCCACAAACCUGUCUGAGAUUCAAGUCUUUAUCCAGCCCGGAGGGAAACAUAACGGCUCAGCUGUUACUGCCGGUAGCCGGGGCUAACUGCUGCGGCUGCCGGACCGAUAAACAACCAGAUAAAGCUCCAACUACAUGGAACAAGUCAGCGGCGGACCUCCGUCUCGUUUUGCGCUAGAAGAACUGUUAUGACUGACCCAAAGACACCAUUCUCCGUUUGAAGCAGCACCGCGGGCUUCGUUGCUGUGGAUUUACUUGAACAAGGCUUCCUGAAAGCAGCAGUUUGUAGCCCCCCUGCAUCAGAUGAAACCAAAAUAAACUUCAUUGGAUCAAAUGGGGUCCAGCAUGUUCGGUGUGGACCCGGCCAGGACUACCACGGUGACUGCGUAGUUACGAUCGUGAAACGCGGAGGUGGGAGGAUCAAGUCUGUCAUCAAAAUUAAAGUGCCAUGAAACAGCCUGGACAACAGCUCCUACCCACAUAGAGGUCAAUUUACCUCUCUUUCCAUUUGCUUUGGUCCAGAGGAUGCUGGUAAUGUGUCGCGGGCGCAGGAAGUUCCUGGCGGCCUCCCUCGCCCUGCUCUUCAUCCCAGCACUCACCUGGCUUUACCUAUCAGUCGGGAGCUUUCAAGUCAAGCCCCUCCCGCUCUCUCCUUUGGAAGUCCAGUCAUCAGCGCCAGUGGGUGGAGCAGGUGAGCGGCAGGCCUUAGAGCUGCGGGUCCGGGCGGUGGAGGAGGAGAACCGGGCACUGCGCCGGGAGCUCAGCCGGCCACCCAGGAGCCCGUCAGCACGCCUUCCAAAUGGCAGUCACCGUGGCAACCAAAGCCGAACCCAUUCAGAGGAAGGCACUGGCGACAAUGAGGGCCAGAAGGCUGCUGCAGUGGGAAAUAGCUCAGACUGUGUGCAGCAGCCAGUGGUGGAUAAAUGUGAGACCAUCCACGUGGCCAUCGUCUGUGCAGGUUACAAUGCAAGUCGAGAUGUGGUGACGCUGGUUAAAUCAGUCCUUUUCCACAGGCGGAACCCCUUACAUUUCCAUUUCAUCACAGACUCCAUUGCUCAGCAGAUCCUGUCCUCUCUUUUCCAUACCUGGAUGGUUCCUGCCGUCAGGGUUGACUUCUAUGACGCAGAUGAGCUGAAGUCUGAGGUGUCAUGGAUCCCUAAUAAACAUUAUUCUGGGAUCUACGGUCUGAUGAAGCUGGUGCUCACCAAGACGUUGCCUUCCGAUCUGCAGAGAGUCAUCGUUCUGGACACAGAUAUUACCUUUGCCACUGAUAUCGCUGAACUUUGGGCUGUCUUCCACAAGUUCAAAGGUCAGCAGGUUCUGGGUCUUGUGGAAAACCAGAGUGACUGGUACCUGGGGAACCUGUGGAAGAACCAUCGACCCUGGCCGGCUCUGGGCAGAGGCUUCAACACUGGGGUGAUUUUGCUUCUCCUGGAUCGGCUACGGAAGCUCAGAUGGGAGCAAAUGUGGAGGUUGACUGCAGAGAGAGAACUAAUGAGCAUGCUGUCCACCUCCCUGGCAGACCAGGACAUCUUCAACGCUGUGAUCAAACAGAACCCUUUCCUGGUUCACCAGCUGCCGUGCUUCUGGAACGUCCAGCUGUCCGAUCACACACGCUCUGAGAAGUGCUACAAAGAUGUUUCAGACCUCAAGGUGAUCCACUGGAACUCUCCCAAGAAGCUUCGAGUGAAGAACAAGCAUGUUGAGUUUUUUCGGAACCUCUAUCUAACCUUUCUGGAAUACGAUGGCAACCUGCUGCGGCGAGAGCUGUUCGGCUGUCCCAGCGAGGCCGACCACAACAGUGAGAACCUCCAGAAGACUCUGUCAGAGCUAGACGAAGAUGAUCCUUGCUAUGAGUUUCGUCGAGAGCGAUUCACUGUCCACCGAACACACCUCUACUUCCUCCACUACGAGUAUGAACCCAGCUCUGACAACACUGACGUCACUCUAGUCGCCCAGCUCUCUAUGGACAGACUCCAGAUGUUGGAGGCCAUCUGUAAGCACUGGGAAGGGCCCAUCAGCCUGGCCCUGUACCUGUCGGAUGCCGAAGCCCAGCAGUUCCUGCGCUAUGCUCAGGGCUCCGAGGUCCUGAUGAGCCGCGGGAACGUAGGUUACCACAUUGUCUACAAAGAGGGACAGUUCUACCCAGUCAACCUCCUGCGUAACGUGGCCAUGCGGCAGGUCAAUACACCCUACAUGUUCCUAUCGGACAUCGACUUCCUGCCCAUGUAUGGCCUCUACGAGUAUCUCAGGAAGUCGGUGUUGCAGCUCGACAUGGCCAACACCAAGAAAGCUCUGGUGGUUCCAGCCUUUGAGACGCUGCGAUAUCGCCUGUCCUACCCGAAAUCUAAGGCUGAGCUGCUCUCUCAGCUAGACAUGGGUACACUCUUCACCUUCAGGUAUCAUGUGUGGACAAAAGGUCACGCACCCACUAACUUUGCCAAAUGGCGGACUGCUACCACGCCCUACAGGGUGCAGUGGGAGGCAGACUUUGAACCCUACGUCAUGGUGAGGAGGGACAGUCCUGAGUACGACCGCCGCUUUGUGGGCUUCGGCUGGAACAAGGUGGCUCACAUCAUGGAAUUGGAUGCACAGGAAUAUGAGUUUGUGGUUCUGCCCAAUGCCUACAUGAUCCACAUGCCUCACGCGCCCAGCUUCGACAUCACCAAGUUCCGCUCCAAUAAGCAGUACCGGGUCUGUCUCAAGACCCUGAAGGAGGAGUUCCAACAGAACAUGUCGCGGCGCUACGGCUUUGCCGCCCUUAAGUACAUGACGGCAGAGAACAACAGCUAGCCACCACUGCAGACCCUCACAACCUCGGUGCUGAACUACUGACACACAUCACAGGCCGGGGAGGGGGGGGCACAAGAAACAGGCGGCCCAUGUGAGACCAUCAGGAUACUUUGAGACUUGAGUCUCUCAGACUUUGUUAGAACAUUUGACCCUCAGUGUGGGACUGCAAGGGUCUUUAUGUCCAUACUGCUGUGGAUAGAAGAGAUAAUCCAGGAGAAGUUCGCUUCUGCCCGGAUCUUAAAGCUGUGAAAGAUGACAUGAGUGACUGCUGGACCUGGGCCCCAGCUGUGGAAUCUGUCAGACAACAGGCAAAGGAAAGGAGACAUUCAAUGCCUUGCCAUAUUUGUAAGACCAGUGACAAAGUUGUGGGCUACAUGUAACAUUAUGUGUGUGUGUGUGUGCGUGUGUGUGUGUACAUGCGGAUAGAUGAAAAGUGUGUGUGAAAAUGUGUGUGUUCCUUCAGGGCAGUGCUUAGCAAAAAGCUUGAGGAGAGUUGAAGAUGUGAAGCGUUGUGGGCUAAACAUUCUGCAAAGAGGAAAGCCUUCCAAGUGCCGUGAAGUAACAAAAGGCAGCUGCAGUUUGACUGACAGCUCACCCUGACUCAAAUGCAAAUCGUCGGCAAGCGGCAAGAUGAGACAAAUCGGUAAACAUGUCCACACAGAUUUUGAAAAGCUCGUGUGACGAGUGACACACACUCAGAUAUUGAGGCGAGCAGCCAGUCAACCAGCCAUCUGCUGCUGUCAAUUCUUUUUUUUUUUUAAAAAGCUGAUACGGAUCAGAAUAAAUCCUCUUCCUCCUAUGAAAUGCAAGGAUGGCUGGAGGACGUCCACGCGGUUGAUAUUCAGGGUAUCGCCACGUACGCCUGAGCGUGCUGCUAGCGAUUGUUUCCAGUGUUCUGUUACGACUACAGAAUGUGACAGCAGCUGGUGCAGUGGGCUUUUCCCGGUAUUUCAAAGCGAUGCCAGCGCGCUCUGCACACACACCUGCUGGAAGCCCUGUCGGUUUGUGACACUGGGCAGCACGGGGCGGAGCACCAGUCCCCGAGCUCACUGUUUACUUUUCUCUCCAACGAUCAGUGGUAUUCACCCGCGUGCUGACGGUCCUACCGGGCGGAGCGGGGAGGGUUAGUGAAGCCAACGUGUCGCCUCCACGCGCCGCCAGGAGGAUCCGAGGAGGACGGGAAGGAGAGUCCAAACUCUGAAACUUCAUGAAAUUCAAGCACUUACGGGCAGGAGAGCCAAAGUCACCCAUUCUCUCACGCUCUCUCUUUCUUUCCCACUCUGGCCUCUAGUUUAAUGACAUUAUACAGGUGGCCAGUACACGCUGCAAACAGUGCAUGUGAGCGACGCUACAGUUUGUAGUCUUGCAGUGUGAUUAUCUACUAAAAACUGAGAAGAAACAAGCUAACAACCUCUCCAUGUUCAAACUGAGGGUUUCAGUGUUUCCAUUGGCCGACCAUCUGCCUGGUCAUAGUCGAAAACAUGUGCUAAAUCUCUUUCCAGUUAUCUGGAUAAUCUUAUACUGGUACCAUAUGAUAAAAUAUCAUAAACUCACUGAGUUUCUACAUCAGGAUGUAUGUUACAUGAUCAUUAAGUCAAGGAUUAAAAAAGUAGAACUAGUUAUUAUAAAUGCAAUAUAGAUAACAGAGAAAUACCACUGCAAGAGUAUUUUUUAAUAUGGUAGUGACUUUAGAAGUUACAUUUAAGAAUGUAAAGUGUGGUUUUCUCACAGGCAUAUUAUAGGGCUUGAAAUCAUUAACUAAAAAUCCAGAUAAGAUUACGAUCCGUCUUGCUUUUCCCGGGCUACAUGCAAAUCGGGGUCGGCUCUAAUCCAGUCCAGCGGGUGUCUGUGUGGUAACAACAGAGAAAAACACCAGAAGAAGAAUUUUAUUUAGAGCAGUCUAGCUAGGUAGCUAACGGCUAUCCGUAAACGAACACGGCGAUGAAGUGCGUGGAUGGACUACGAGCAAGACGAAGGUUUUAUGGCCUGUACGGGAUCCCACUCACGCUGCUUCACCCACACGGAUCAUUUAGUGGUUAAGCUGAUCGCUAAACGCGGGAACAGCUCGGUCUGUGUGAUCAUGUGUUGAAAUCACCUGAGCGUCUUUCUUCCUUUCACUGUAAUGUGCUGGGAGGAAAGAUGGCCGACUGCAGUGAAACUUCACCCGACACUAACGCAGGUGACAGACCCUGUAGACUCUACUUCCACACUUCGACUACUGAUGUCCUUACAUUGGGGAGGAGUAAAAAAAAAAAGAGAGGGGUGUGUGUAUUUACACCUUUUUCAAAAUCCGGUUAGAUGUGUCUCAAAAACCUCAUCCAGAGGUUUCUUCCCCAAGGAAUAGAAUCGUUAAAACAUGUCAGACAAACGGUGUGAUCAAAGAAGCGGACGUUGAGCUGGGAUCGUUGCGUCACACUGCUAUCUCCAAGGUCAAGAAUGUCAUAUGUCAUCAUUUCUACGCGGAAGCUCGGACACAGUCGAUUUAGAUUGUGCAGAAGCUGAUUAUCUCAAUCAAGCUCUGUCAAGCUGUGAUGAGCUUCAGGAAACCAGAAGCUGAGGUGGCUUGUAGAGGGACAACCCACACAGAUCAUUAUUUUUAAUUAACCCCAACCUGUCAGUCUGGUCACCCUGGGUUUGCCCACACACCGUCACCGGUCUUUCUCCCAGUACACGCUGUUGUGAAACUGGAGGCCUGUCUCUCUCUCUCUCUCUCUCUCUCUCUCUCUCUCUCUCUCUCUCUCUCUCUCCCUCGACAGUAGUCUCUCACUCCAUACAGGAAAGCUGCAGAAGUCUGUGAAAGUGAAUAGGCUGUGUUUCUGAUUGUACAUGUCUGUUCAGUUUGCAGGUGUUUGUGUGUGUGUGUGUGUGUGAGUGUGAGUGUGAGACGUUUGACUCUGCUCUGAGUGAGUGAAUGUGAGUGUGUGUUUGUGUGUGUGUGUGUGUGUGUGUGUGUGUGUGUGUGU